AUGAAUUAUGAUUCUGAUGAUUUAAAUGUACUUAAACAAAAAGUUGGUUUUCGUCUCAACAAUGGUCAAUAUCAAAUUAAGCCUGGAAUUCUUAUGGACGUUGAUUCAUUCCUGCAAUCCUUAAGAAUUGCCAAUGAUAAUUUGUUGAAAGCAGUACCAAUAGAUUACAGUAGUGAUAAUUUCACGAUAUCUCAAGAUUUUCUUCGUAAACAUCCAAUUAUCAUGUCACUUAUCCAAUAUUAUUCAAUAGAAGAACUCAAUGCUGAUGAUACUGGUAUGUCUUUUUUGAACUCAUUGAUGAAAAACAUUACACAAAACCUGUCUCGCCCCAAAAACUCAUAUAGAUACAAUGAACAUGUAAAAAGAUUUGCUGUUAGUUUGUAUAUUCUUGCUGGUCGUAAUGCUUAUGAAUUUGUUCGAAUAAAUAUUCCUGGUGCUUUUCCUUCUACUUCCACGAUUCAGUCUUUUUUAGAUGAAGAGGAGAGACAUAUAAAAGAAGGAGAGUUUCGUUUUGACAUUGUAAGACGCCGUCUAAGUUUGACUAACACAAAUAUUGCUUUUUGCUCUGAAGAUUGUACUGCGAUAAUUCCUAAAGUAGCAUACGAUAUCAAUUCAAACAGUUUUGUCGGUUUUUCAUUGCCUCUUGAUGAGGGACGUCCUAUUACUGAUCACUACCGAACAGAAUCUUUCGCUCAAUUAGAAAGCUGGUUUUCUAGUGUUGAUAAAUCGACUCUUUUAAAUAUACAUAUGAUUCAACCUAUUACGAGCACAGAACAAACUUCCAGUCCGAUAAUUCUUUCGGCAUAUGCCACUAAUAGCAAAUAUACAUCAAUAGAUAUUAUACGUCGAUAG